AUGCCUUUAAGUAGUCGACUUGCUAAACACAGAGAUAGUUUACGAGAAAAGGGAAUGUUAGUUAAGAAAAUCAUUACACAAAAAAUAAGACCAAUAUGUGCUAACAAUGCAAGUUUUGAAGACUUUUUAAGAUUUAUCAUAUCUGAAAUAAAGUCCGAUCGGGCCUUGGAGCCUCACUGGGCUCCCAUAUCGCACUUGUGCCAUCCAUGCAAAUUCAACAUAUUUAAAAUCAUUAAACAAGAAACAUUUUCAAAGGAUGUAGAACAUACGUUAAAAAGCGUGGGAGUAAAUCUUUCACGGUUUGAAUGGCUGAAAAAAUCUUUAAAUGAAAAUAGGGCAGAGAACUCUAUUCCAGGGAUUAUAGCUGUGAUAAGGAAGAAAUUAAGGCUAAGAUCUGUGAGGAACUGCAUCAGCCAAACUGAAAUCCUGAUAAGACUGUGGAAAUCUUUACAAAUUCAAGGAUUUAUAAAUAAAGAAAUCGCCUUUCCCAAGAAAUUACAACAUUUUGUUUGGAACAAAUAUAGUCAUAAAGUAACGAAAGUAGUGUUAGACGCCAUUUCACAAAUACCGAUGACGUCAGCAGAUCGGCUGGAACAGCGUGACCAUUUCCUGAAGCAAGCUUUCAGUGAAUUACCACCGGAUAUUAUAUCAGACAUUCAAGCCAUUUUUUAUUUUGAUUUCAAACUAUUUGGUUAUCCAAUGAAUCCUCCUAAAUGA